AGCAUGACAUGGCACUCGCGAAGUUGCGAGCCCUCCAAUGUGAGGUGGGAUUCAACAGCUUCUUGCCAGGGCCACGUCUCCAAGGAGUCCUGCGUCUUCGGUCACCCUUUUUGCGUGACCUGCAGCGACAUGAUGUGCUGCAAAGCGGCGAGGUGCUGCACCUUACCAGCGCAGGUGGCCUCACACCCGGCCCUGUGAAGACUCCCUUUCUUUGUGCAGUCUAUGCUUGUGGCAAAGGUGCAACUUUGAGAUCCCGUUUGGCCGAGGAGUUGCACGUCCCGAGCCGUGCCUUGCGGAUGGGGCCACCACUGCGAAUGCCUGGUGUUUCGGUGCAGUUGCUUGAACUACCCAAAGGCCUUUCAGAGAAGACGUCCACGGAGCUGAUGAAGAGUGGCAUUUCAGCAGCCUCGAAAAUGACGCUGGCAUUUGGUCCUGCAGAUGUAGCAGGGCUGCCUGAUGGGAAAAUUCCACACUGCGAAGCUCAUCGCUUUACGGUGACCUUGCGCGGUUUGAACAAAACGCAGCUGUCUGCUGGGCUCUUUGACGAGCGCUUGGAGGAGAUCCGAACGAACGGCUUUGUGAAUUUCUUCGAGCUUCCGUACUUUGGCCUGGCGGAGGUGACACGCUUCGAAAUCGGCGCUGCCCUGUGGGGCGGCCAAUGGGACACCGCUGCACGGCUGCUGCUGACAGCCAACCGUGCGGAUGCUUUGCACCCAGCGUCGCAGGCCUUCGUUGAAAACGACUACGCCGCAGGAAUUGAACUCCUGCCAGCCACUCACAACUGCAAGGGAAUGCGCAAGUUGGCUAUGAACUUGCUCCUAAAGCGGCCAGCGAAGGAGGCGCUGUUGGCAGCCUUGGCACCACAAGACUGGGCUAAACAUCUUAGUUCUUUGAGCCGCUUGGCCUGGAACAAGGCUGUUUCGGUCCGACUUGGUGGUGCCAUGCCACUGAGACCAGUCCCCGGCGACUUUGUGUGGGAUGGGAAAGCUGGAGAACCUCGACCAGUGACGGCCAAAGAGGUGAGCGAAGAUCGGUGGCACUUGAGUGAUGUGGUCCUUCCCUUGCCGCUGCCGGGGAAACCCGUCCCAGAGAGUGGCGGGCGCCUUUUGAUGGAGGCCGUGCUGCGAGACUUCGUUCCCGGCGAGGAUGCCGCAGCUGAAAUUCCACUGAAGUUGGAGCAGAUGAUGCCACGGGUGCGGCACAUCGUGAGCAUCCCAGCAGACAUGACUUGGGACGUCGACGAAGGCCUGGUGGACUGCGAUUUGCAACGCCUGGGCUUGGCAGCAAAGCCGCGUGGACGCGCCAUCCGCGCCCAGUCCUUGGCUUUGCAACUGCGGGCCACGCUGAGGAGGACAGAGAGUGCUGAAAGUUUACUACGGGAAGUCUUGAAGGCGAACCCUACCGAUUUCCUGGAGGGCCUUGACCGUGAAGAUGAGGUCUUUUGACCAACGGCAACACUGCGGCGAACGCUGGUGGAUACUGGUGGUUUCCUCAUUGCGUUCAACCCUGCAUAUGUAAUGAUGCUUCAACAAUUGCACAUCUGGGGUGGGUUGAAGCGCUAACAACAAGCAGUUAGAGCUGACCAUUUAUCAGCUUCAAAGUAAAAGCUGGACACUUUGGACAGCUGGGUUUGCAGAUGGAAAGAAGGGGUGGACUAUGCUUUGCCGGCAAAGUCCUUGCGGCUUGACCGUGCUUCCAAUGACUUCCAGCAGGCAUCCUAG